CAUCAUCAUCGCUGGCGGAACGUGAAAGCCUUAAUGCCCUACCUGCACCGUUCACACAGCUCGUCCCGGCGAAGCAAAGACAAGACAAUCCAAUCCUGGAGCACGCCAUGCGGUUCAUCCUUCUCAUAAGUCAUAAACAACCGCACUGAAUUUCAAGGAUUCCAUCCCGCUGGUCCAAUUUCUAUUUCCUUUCCCACCGAGCUUCCUCACUCGCUGCGUGCCCGUGUCGGCGCUGAUCGAGAGUGCCAGCCAGCGUCCUAUAUACACCGCCUCAUGGAUCUGUUCACCCUUCGUCCAGCCCGAGCCACCGGGAGCAGAGGAUGCCUCUUGCCGCCAUGGCAUCGGCAUCCUCGUUCCCCUCCCGGUGCCACCCCGCCCUGGCGGUGGCGGCCGCUCUCCUGUGCGCCAUUACAGGCGCCGUCUCUUCCGCGGCCGCCGCCGGCGGCAAUGGCGCUGCCGGCGGGCGCGGGCCCAUCGCCACCGCCGGGAAGAACUACACCAGGGUGUGCGACCCGGCGCGGUUCGCGGCGCUGGGCCUCGACGCGUCGCGGUUCCGGUACUGCGACGCGUCGCUGCCGUACGCCGCCCGGGUGCGCGACCUCGUCGGGCGGAUGACGCUGGAGGAGAAGGUGCGCAACCUCGGGGACCAGGCGGAGGGCGCACCCCGCGUCGGCCUGCCGCCCUACCGGUGGUGGGGGGAGGCCCUGCACGGCGUCUCCGACGUUGGCCCGGGGGGCACCUGGUUCGGCGACGUCGUGCCGGGCGCCACCAGCUUCCCGCUCGUUAUCAACGCCGCCGCGGCGCUCAACGAGUCGCUGUGGCGCGCCGUCGGCGGCGCGGUGUCCACGGAGAUCAGGGCCAUGUACAACCUCGGCCACGCCGAGCUCACCUACUGGAGCCCCAACAUCAACGUGGUGCGCGACCCGCGGUGGGGCCGCGCCAGCGAGACCCCCGGUGAGGACCCCUUCCUCGUCGGCCGCUACGCCGUCAACUUCGUGCGCGGGAUGCAGGACGUCGGCGCCGGCGCCGCCGCCGCCGCCGCCGCGGACCCGUUCGCGCGGCCCAUCAAGGUGUCCAGCUGCUGCAAGCACUUCGCGGCCUACGACGUGGACGCGUGGUUCAAGGCCGACCGCCUCACCUUCGACGCGCAGGUGCAGGAGCGCGACAUGGUCGAGACCUUCGAGCGCCCCUUCGAGAUGUGCAUCCGCGACGGCGACGCCAGCUGCGUCAUGUGCUCCUACAACCGCGUCAACGGCAUCCCGGCGUGCGCCGACGCGCGCCUCCUGACGGAGACCGUCCGCGAGCAGUGGCAGCUGCACGGGUACAUCGUCUCCGACUGCGACUCGGUGCGCGUCAUGGUGCGCGACGCCCGGUGGCUCAACUACACCGGCGUCGAGGCCACCGCCGCCGCCAUGAAGGCCGGGCUCGACCUCGACUGCGGCAUGUUCUGGGAGGGCGCCCGGGACUUCUUCACCACCUACGGCGUCGACGCCGUGCGGCAGGGGAAGAUCAAGGAGGCCGACGUCGACAACGCGCUCACCAACGUCUACCUCACCCUCAUGCGGCUCGGCUUCUUCGACGGCUUGCCGGAGUUCGAGUCCCUCGGCGCCGGCGACGUCUGCAGCAAGGCCCACAAGGAGCUGGCUGCCGACGCCGCCAGGCAGGGGAUGGUCCUCCUCAAGAACGACGCCCGCCGCCUCCCAUUGGACCCCACCAAGAUUAAAUCCGUGUCGUUGGUUGGCCUGUUGGAGCACAUCAAUGCCACGGACGUCAUGCUCGGAGACUACCGAGGUAAGCCUUGCAGAGUUGUGACGCCGUACAACGCCAUAAGGAAGAUGGUGAACGCCACGUACGUGCACGCCUGCGACAACGGGGCGUGCGACACGGCGGAAGGGAUGGGCGGAGCAGCCAGGACGGCGAGGAUCGCCGACGCGACCAUCGUCAUCGCCGGCCUGAACAUGAGCGUGGAGAGGGAGAGCAACGACAGGGAGGAUCUCCUCCUGCCGUGGAACCAGACCGGCUGGAUCAAUGCCGUCGCCGAGGCCUCCCCGUACCCGAUCGUCCUGGUGAUCAUGUCGGCCGGCGGCGUCGACGUCUCCUUCGCGCAGAACAACCCCAAGAUUGGAGCCAUCGUCUGGGCCGGGUACCCCGGCGAGGAAGGCGGCACGGCCAUCGCCGACGUCCUCUUCGGCAAACAUAAUCCAGGGGGGAGGCUGCCGCUGACCUGGUUCAAGAACGAGUACGUGAGCCAGAUCCCGAUGACGUCCAUGGCGCUGCGUCCCGACGCGGCGCGCGGCUACCCCGGCCGGACCUACAAGUUCUACGACGGCCCGGCGGUGCUCUACCCGUUCGGCCACGGCCUCAGCUACACCAACUUCAGCUACGCGUCGUCGGCCACCACCGGCUCCACGGUCACCAUCCCGGUCGGCGCGUGGGAGCACUGCAGGACGCUCACCUACAAGUCCGGCGCGGCGCCGUCCCCGCCGCCAGCGUGCCCGGCGCUCGACGCCGCCAGCCAGAGGUGCGGCGAGGCCGUGAGCUUCGCCGUCACGGUGCGCAACACCGGCGGCGUCGGUGGCGGCCACGUGGUGCCGGUGUACACCGCGCCGCCGGCCGAGGUGGGCGACGCGCCGCGGAAGCAGCUGGUGGCGUUCCGGAGGGUGUUCGUGCCCGCCGGCGCCGCCGUCGAGGUGCCCUUCGCGCUCAGCGUGUGCAGGGACUUCGCCAUCGUCGAGGAGACGGCGUACACCGUCGUGCCGUCGGGCGCCAGCGCCGUCAUCGUCGGGGACGACGCACUGGCGCUGUCGUUCGCCGUCACGAUCAACUUGGCAGUGUAGACGAUUGAUUGGGGGUUAUUUUUACUGAGGGUAAUAAGUAACGGUUAAAACCCAAAACAUUAAAUGUAGCGAGCCAAAAAGUGGAAGCAAGUGUAAUUACUUUACACAGCGCUAUACAAAAGCAGAAGCAGAUCGAUCCAUUAAUCGAUUGCAUUAUUGACAUUAUUUGGAGCGAGGAAGCAAAGUGGGUGCGUAACAUUUACUUUUUCUCGCGGCAGCAUGACAUGUAACAUUCCACAUUCGAAAGUGGUUGAUUUCACUUCUCUCCUUAUGGACUUAUGGUAAUUGGUAAACUU